AUGAGCUCCACACUGAGAAUUCUCUUCGUUGCGAUCUGCUUCCUGUCGGCGGUUUCCAAUGCCUACCAAUACAGCAACACCUUCAUAAGCCAGGUCACCACCUACCCGAAUAUUGUCACCAACAAGAACCGAUGCCUACCCGGCAGGGGCAGCAGCGCCUCCCAAACCGUCCUCAUUUGUGACCCGCACGAACUGCUCUCCACUGAUCGAGAUGGUAGGGUGAAGGACGUCAACGUUGCAUGGAUAAUGCAACCCAAACGACAGCUUCAAAGAACCGAAAAGUCUUUCCUGGCGAAACCGUUUCAUGGUGGGCUGCUCGAUUUUCAACUGGCUAAUUUCUCUCGCAAACACGAGGAGUCAUUUGGGCGUCCCCGCUCCGUAGAUGAGGACCUGCCGGUGCAAGUCAUCACCGGAAAUCCUCGACUAAAGACAGGAGAACCAGACGACGAGGUUGGAUGCUGCAGAACAAACGGUCUGACUUUGCAACCCGAUGCGGUGUUUGGGUGUGCAGCAGAUGUUGGCUUCUUAACGGGCGUACUGCAGAACUAUGCGCGCAAGUACGACUUCCCGAUCGACCACCUGUCCUUCGACUUCGUUGUGCUUCCCACUUAUCGUGACCAGGAGGGGUACGUGUCGACGUUGCGUGAACUCAAAUAUGGCGACCAACACCCCGAAGACGCGCCCAUUACUGUCCCCGAAGACGGUGUUCUCAUCCACGGGCUCUUUAUGGAUGGCUUCAGGUGGGAUGAUGAGACGAUGAUGAUUGCAGACUCCCUGCCCCGAGUCACGAUCGAGUCCCUUCCGAUGUUGCACAUGAAACCCGAGAUGGAUUUCAAACCAGCGCCUGAUCGGUACAUCGCCCCGCUCUACAAGACGUCUGCUCGCGCUGGAGCUCUCUCCACAACAGGUCACUCAACAAACUUUGUCGUGGACGUCGCGCUGCCCCAGAACCUGACCAGCACGUGGUGGAUUGAGAAGGGCGCCGCUCUCCUCACCAUGCGAGACGACUGA